AUGACAAAAGAUCUUUUCAAAAAGUGGUUUGAUGAAUGCUUCGUCGCCACUCCUACCAACGAUCCACAAAUCAGUGUACCUUCGGAAGUAAUAGAGCAAAUUGCUGCUGAAACACAAAUAAGUCCGGAAAAUUUGGAAACCUGGUGGCGUGGAAUGGAUAAAGAGAAAAAUAUUUUUCACAAAAUGUCUGACGAAGAGAUUAUAAAAGAGAUUUCUAGUUAUACAACAAUUAAUCAGGAACAUGACGACGAAGUAAUUGCAACUACUCCGCAAGUGAAAGCAGAAUAUGCAAUUAACGCCUUUGAGCUGGGUUUGCAAUGGGCUGAAGAAAAUGGUGCAUCCUACAACGAACUUCUACUUUUGAGAAGACUGAGGGACAAAGCUUUAAUUUCGCGUUUCAACAAUGUAAAAUAA